AUGAGCAUGGCGCGUUUGGGGUAUCGCGUGGCGCUCAUCGAUGCGGAUAUCGGAUUGCGUAAUCUCGACUUGUUGCUCGGGUUGGAAAAUCGAGUGAUGUACACGGCGAUGGAGGUGCUGGAGGGUGAGUGCCGGAUGGAACAGGCAUUGAUUCGCGACAAACGGUGGCGCACGUUGGCGUUGUUGCCGAUUUCGAAGAACCGAGCGAGGUAUAACGUGACGAAGAACAACAUGCAGACGCUCAUCAAGGUGUUGAAGGAGAUGGAGUUUCAAUACAUCAUCAUCGAUUGCCCGGCUGGGAUCGAUGUGGGUUUCAUCAACGCCAUCGCGUGUGCGGACAGCGCUGUUAUUGUGACGACGCCGGAAAUCACGGCCAUUCGUGAUGCCGAUCGCGUGGCUGGGUUGUUGGAGGCUAACGGCGUGUACGACGUCAAGCUCUUGGUAAAUCGCGUGCGAGCGGAUAUGAUCAAAAAGAACGACAUGAUGAGCGUGAAGGACGUGCAGGAGAUGCUCGGCGUGCCGCUUCUUGGCGCGAUUCCGGAAGACACGGAAGUCAUCGUGAGCACGAACAGAGGGGAGCCGCUUGUGUUGAAGAAGAAGCUCACCUUGGCGGGCAUCGCGUACGAAAACGCCGCGAGACGCAUCUCUGGCAAGAGUGAUUUCCUCAUCGAUCUCGACAAGCCGAAGAAGGGCUUAUUCCAACGCGUGGGCGAGUUCUUCGCGGGCGACGAAUAA